AUGAAGUUCGCCACUAUCGUCGCCGCAAUCACCUUGGUCGCCUCGGGUGUCCUUGCCAACCCUUCUGAAAGCAAUAACCUCGUGCGUCGCGACUGCUACGACUGCCACUAUAAGUCUUUCGAUGCCGGCCGCUGUGAUGGAAGUUGCAGCAGCUCGGAAGCCGAGGGCGGUGGACAGGUCUGCCGGAAGUGCAUCAGUGGAUGCCCUGCUACGACCGACGCCGAUCGCGGAGACACGCCCGCCGAACAUAAGGCUGAGGAGAUCCGAAGAACCGUCUAA